AUGCUGCAGCCUCAUCUGGAAAAAUACCUUCCGAGCUUGAUAUACGAUCAGAUCGAUGUGGCCAUUCAUGGAUGGGAGUUUCGCCGGAAGAGAUGGUAUCAUGAUCGUCUUGGGGCUAUUUUCGCCGUUGCAAGUCCGGAUGAAUUCACGAUAUGGUGCGCAGAUCCGGCUAUUGGCACCACAAUUUUGCAAAAUAGGAACGAAUUCCAACAAGCCCCUAUCGUGAGUAGUAUCUUGGGGUUCCUGGGGUCCAAUGUCUUCAUGACAAAUGGCGAUGAAUGUCACAAACUACAAUUCAGGAAGCGACAUCGCAGAAUGUUCAAUAAAAACCUAGACGAGCGAAUCAGCGGAGUGGUAUGGACCGAAACACUUCAGCAAGCUCAAUCCAUGAUCAACUAUCUCAUGGAACACCCAGGAAAUGAAACUCUAGAGGGCCUCCGCAGUAUAGCAAUAAACGUUAUCGGAAAGGCCGGAUACAACUGGCAACAGCCUUGGUCGCCGAAUAAGUUAGACAUCCCUCCAAAAAGCGCGACCGGAAAAGAAGCCUAUUUUGGAAUGCUAGGUCUAGUGACAACUAUGAUUCUGGAAGCAGCGCUGCUUCCUCGGAAAGUCAUGCAGCUUCCCUUUAUGCCACUCGCGUUACAGAGCAUGGGGUAUCAUCUGGAACGGGCUCCUGGGUAUAUCCAGGAAAUUCUUCGAAACGAAGGAGAGUCAGAUUCCAGCAAGAGACACUCCGAAUCUAAUUUUCUAAGCUUAAUGCUUCAAUUCUCGGAAGAAGAGAACAGUGACCAUGAGACAAAGCCUUCGCUGACACAAGAGGAAAUCAGUGGAAACCUUUUCGUCUUUACUUCCGCUGGAUUUGAAACAACUGCCAAUACCAUGGGAUUUGCCGUAAUACUUCUAGCCCUUUAUCCUGAAUGGCAAGACUGGAUUCAAUAUGAAAUUCACGGUUUAGACAUAUCGGGAUUUAAUUGGACUUACGAAAAUACCUUCCCGAAAUGCAAGCGCACACUGGCUUUGAUGUUCGAAACCUUGCGGCUGUAUACACCAGUGGCACACACCACCCGUGCCAUCUUCAACCCCACAUCGCUUUCUGGGACCGAUGGCCAGAUCUAUAGCCUCACGCCACCCUUGGAUAUUUACGUUGAGCAGUCCAUAAUUCACUUGGAUACGGCAAUUUGGGGCGAUGAUGCCAUGGAUUUCCGACCUUCUCGAUGGAUUGAUGACUCGGGGGAUCUCAUCACGCCUGACAAAGGUACUUUUCUACCUUGGUCGGGAGGACCACGGGUAUGUCCGGGCGUGAGGUUCUCACAGGUGGAGUUUGUCGCGACCAUAGCAACCCUAUUCCGCAAUUCUCGCUGCGCACCGCUCAUUGUCCCCGGGGACAGACCUGAGGACCCCGCGCUUAGAUUAAAGACGGCGAUAGCAAACACCGUGACCAAGUUGACAUUAUCGGUCAAGGAUCCGAAAGAAGUUCAACUAAAAUGGACAGCAUGCGGCAAGGCUGAUUGA